UCAUGUAGCUAAUCCACUACUACACAAUAUUACAUCACAGUUCAUAUAGGUCUAGCUAAUCCAAACCUCAUGGCUUCUUCUAAAUCCCUAGUUACAGCUUCACUUCUCAUUCUUCUUUCUCUCUUUGCCUCCCUAUCUUUUGCUGCCGACACCACAGCUCCAACUACUCCUGUAUCUUCAGGGACACUAUGCAAGGAUACCCCGGACCCUUCUUACUGUAAAUCAGUCCUUCCCAACCAAACAUCCUCUACCGUUUAUGAUUUUGGACGAUUUUCCGUCCGAAAAUCCCUGUCCCAAGCCCAGAAGUUUCUAACCUUAAUCGACAAGUACCUCAAACAAAGGUCCUCUUUGUCCGUCCCCGCCGUCCGAGCCCUCGAGGACUGCGGGCUCCUCGCGGGGCUCAACAUGGACUUCUUGCUCAACUCAUUCCAAACCGUCAACAAAACCAGCAGCCUUCUUUCUACUCUCAAAGCCGACGAUGUUCAGACCUUUUUGAGUGCUAUUCUAACAAACCAACAGACGUGCUUGGACGGCAUACAAUCGGUAGCUUCCUCUUGGGGACUGAAAAACGGGCUCUCUGUCCCUCUCCGCAACGACACCAAGCUCUACAGUGUCUCCCUAGCUCUCUUCACCAAGGGUUGGGUCCCCAAGAAGAAGAAAGGGAGUGGCGGUAGGACCGGGAGGAAGAGCGGGUUCAAAAACGGACGGAUGCCGAUGAAAAUGUCGAGCAAAUCGCGCGCGGUUUAUGAGGCAGCGAGCCGGAGGAAGUUGGAGGACGAUGAUGGCGUGUUGGUGAGUGACGUGGUGACGGUGAGUCAGGAUGGUAGUGGCGACUAUACUACUAUUACUGACGCCAUUGCCGCUGCACCGAAUAACUCUGCCGCGGCUAAUGGCUACUUCAUGAUCUAUGUGACGGCCGGUGUUUAUGAAGAGUAUGUGUCUAUUGCAAAGAACAAGAGGUAUUUGAUGAUGGUUGGAGAUGGGAUCAACCAGACGAUUCUCACCGGUAAUCGGAGUGUUGUUGAUGGAUGGACAACUUUCAACUCUGCAACAUUUGCUGUUGUUGCACCCGGAUUUGUAGCCGUAAACAUGACAUUCCGCAACACCGCUGGAGCCAUCAAGCACCAAGCGGUCGCAGUCCGAAAUGGCGCAGAUCUAUCCACAUUCUAUAGUUGCAGCUUCGAGGCGUACCAAGACACCUUAUACACACAUUCCCUAAGGCAAUUCUACCGAGAAUGUGACAUCUACGGAACAGUGGAUUUCAUCUUUGGAAAUGCAGCAGUUGUUUUCCAAAACUGCAACAUAUACCCUCGGCUUCCAAUGAGCGGCCAGUUCAAUGCCAUCACUGCUCAGGGACGAACCGACCCAAAUCAAAACACUGGCACUUCGAUCCACAAUUGCACUAUCCGAGCCGCCGAUGACUUGGCUUCGAACAAUGGAACUACCAAGACUUAUCUUGGUAGGCCAUGGAAGGAGUAUUCUAGAACAGUUUACAUGCAGACUUUCAUUGAUAGUGUGGUUGAUUCAGCUGGGUGGAGAGCUUGGGAUGGAGACUUUGCUCUUAGCACAUUGUAUUAUGCAGAGUACAAUAACACAGGGCCAGGAUCAAACACUACAAACAGAGUUACAUGGGCAGGAUACCAUGUGAUUACCAACUCUAGUGAUGCUUCUAACUUUACUGUGUCCAAUUUCUUGCUGGGAGAUAAUUGGUUGCCUCAAACAGGAGUGCCUUACACUGGUGGCUUACUUUGAGAAAUUAAGUUGAACUUAGCUAGCUAAUUUGUUCCUUCAUUUUUUAUGUUUUAUUUUGCCAUUGUUUUAAGUGAAGUAAUAAGUAUGUAAUACCCAAUUAAGCUUAGUUGCUGGUUUUGAAUAUUGUUAUUGAAUCCCAGAAAUGUCAAUACUGUGAAACUAUAGAUUCUAAAUUAAUUAAGAACAGUGAAGCAGUUUCCAUUA